CGUUGGCAAACAUGGUGAUUGGAUAAAAAUGUCAGAUUUUUUAUGUCAUUUUUUUAUUUUGAAGUAAAUUAAUUAAAAAACUAAUUUUAUUUAAAAUAUAGCUACAAUGCCCAAAACAGAUCACAAAUCUCGAAGGCGAGAACGUAGCAGAGAAAGAUCUCCAGAACGUAGAAAAACAUCAAGUAGUCGAAGCAAAAAGCAUAGCAAGCAUAAAUCUAGAGAUAAAUCUAGAUCUCGAGAAAGAUCCAAGCGUAGAGAUCGUUCAGAGUCCAGAAAGCAUCAUAACAAACAAUCGUCAAAACAACGUUCUUCGUCAUCUUCAUCAUUGUCGUCGAAUUCAUCUACAAGUAGUUCAGGAUCAAAUAAAUCCCUUAAAUUACUUCAACGUUUACAAAAAGAACGAGUACGGCAAGUUGAAUUGAAAAAACGACAGAAAGAAAUAUUGAAAGCAACAGAAACACCGGAAGAAAAACGACUUCGUAGGUUAAUGAAAAAAGAAGCUAAGGAACGUAAACGUAAAGAAAGAAUGGGAUGGGAUAAUGAAUAUUUACAUUAUACAAACACUGAUAAUCCGUUCGGUGAUGGAAAUCUGCUUUCGACAUUUGUUUGGAAUAAAAAGUUGGCUAAAGAAGGCUUAACAGAAGUAACAAGAGAAGAAUUAGAAGCUCGAAAUAGACAUAAGCAAGAAGAAAAUAAACGAGAAUUAGAAAAGGUAAAAAAACGACGCUUAGAAAGAGAAAUGGAGCGACAACAACGUGAAGAAGAAUUAUCCAUGUUACAAAGAAGUAAAGAAGCUGCACAAUUUGAAGAAUGGGAACGUCAAGAAGAUAAAUUUCAUCUGGAACAAGCUCGGUUACGAUCACGUAUACGAAUUCAAGAUGGCCGCGCAAAACCAAUCGAUUUACUUGCAAAAUAUAUCAGUGCUGAAGAGGAAGUCGACGCUGUUGAAAUGCAUGAGCCCUACAUGUACCUUAAUGGUUUACAAAUUGAAGAUCUCGAAGAUUUAAUUGAAGAUAUUAAAGUUUACAAAGAAUUGGAACGUGGUAAAAAUUUAGAUUAUUGGAAUGAUAUAACAGUGAUUGUCGAAGAUGAGCUUCAUAAAUUACGCAAACUCUUCAAACAGAACGAAUACGAAGCUGCUAUGGGUCGUCGUGAAGGAAUACAUCAAUCCGUUGUAAAAGAAGUCACAUCUGUAUUUAAAGGUAAAACCGCUGCACAAUUGGAAGCAUUACAAACUCAAAUUGAGAAUAAAAUCAAUGGGAAAUUUGACGGUAUCGAUAUUGGAUACUGGGAAUCUCUAUUAUCACAAUUAAAAGCUCAUAUGGCCAGAGCACGUUUACGAGAUCGUCAUCAAGAAAACUUGCUUAAAAAAUUAGAAGUAUUAAAAGCUGAACAAUGUGUUGGAACUGAUCAAAAUGAAGAAGAAUCAAAAAGUUCAAGACCAGAAGCUUCAACUAGUGCAAGCACUUCUCAACAAGUUGAGGUCAAAAUUGAACCCGAUGAUGAUUCCCAACAUAGUACGCAGUCUGAAGAUAUGUCUGAAGAUGUUGCCAAUACUAUGCUAUCCGAAUGUUUUGCCGAAUAUGAUUCGGGUGGUUAUAGUCCCGUCUAUUUGAAGAGUUCACAUUUAGAACCAGGUACGAUAGUUGUUACCGAAGAAGAUGAUUUAAAACGUUUAGAAUUUGCACGUUUACAAGUAUUGGGCAGUGGAAAUAAGGUCGAAAAUGUACAAACUGAAGAAGAAAAAGCACUUCAAAUUGAAGCUCGCAAAGGAAUGAAUAACGAUGAAGCUGAAUUUUCUGUUGAGAUGAGUUUAGAUACACAAAUAUAUCUAUGGUCCGAUAAAUAUCGUCCACGUAAACCAAGAUACUUUAAUCGUGUACAUACUGGAUUCGAAUGGAAUAAAUAUAAUCAAACUCAUUACGAUAUGGAUAAUCCACCUCCGAAAAUUGUACAGGGAUACAAAUUUAAUAUUUUUUAUCCAGAUUUGAUUGAUAAAAGUAGCACACCAGAAUAUUUUUUGACUCCUUGCUCGGACAAUAGAGAUUUUGCAAUUUUACGAUUUCAUGCUGGACCUCCGUAUGAGGAUAUUGCAUUUAAAAUAGUGAAUCGAGAAUGGGAAUAUUCAUAUAAACGUGGUUUUCGAUGUCAAUUUCAUAAUAAUAUUUUUCAAUUAUGGUUUCAUUUCAAACGGUAUCGAUAUCGAAGAUAAUUUUUUGUAUGUAUUUUUUAUAACAUUCUCAUUGUAUUUUAUUUCCA